ACCUUCAUGUUUAGUUUGACGCUUGCCGAUUCUUGCAAAAGCUCAACCGGGCUCCUUACGACCAUCAGUCUUCUGGGCUUGCCUUUGGUUGAGAGUGAGCUUUCUUGGCUGCACUAAACCGACUACGAUCCCAGUCCCUUGCUUUGAGUCACCUGCCGACGGAAACACAACCUAUCACCACCCUUUCAGACUGUGAUAAUGAGAUUGCGAUAACACCAAUUUUACUACAGCUGAGACAGUUAAGCAAGAUGCCAAAAGUACACUUGCUCGACUACGCCGCCGGCAAUAUUAGAUCUCUAGUCAAUGCCAUUGAGAAGGUCGGCUGGGAUGUGGAAUGGAUCAAGUCGCCCGACGAAGUCGCCAAUGCAGAGAAGCUCAUAUUACCUGGCGUAGGCCAUUUCGGACACUGCCUGUCUCAAAUCCAUAACGCUGGCUACACGGAGUCCGUGAAAGCUUUCAUCGAAUCGGGCAAACCCUUCAUGGGAAUUUGCGUAGGACUACAGGCUCUCUUCGAAGGCUCGGCAGAGAGCACUACUGUCCCUGGAUUUGGUGUCGUGCCUGGCCGGCUUGAGCGAUUUGAUGACUCGGAGAAAAGUGUCCCGCACAUUGGCUGGAACUCGGCCAACACUCAGUCAAAGGAUGACUCGGAGGCGAGAAGUGUCUACGGACUCAGGCCGGAUAGCAAGUAUUAUUACGUCCACUCAUACGCGGUUCCGUAUCGGGCUGGUGUACUGGAGAAAGACGGAUGGACUGUUGCAACCGCACGAUAUGGCAGCCAAGACUUCAUUGGGGCCAUCGCGAAAGACAACGUCCUGGCUACACAAUUCCAUCCCGAGAAGAGCGGUGCAGCUGGUCAGCGUGUGAUCAGGGCUUUCCUCGAAGGGCGACGGGAAGAGGCCUUGCAAUCCGUACCUGCGGCAGUCAAGGAUGGCCUCACGCGCCGCAUCAUAGCCUGCCUCGACGUGCGGGCAAAUGAUCAAGGCGAUCUCGUGGUGACGAAAGGUGACCAAUACGACGUACGGGAGAAGUCAAACAACACGGUCCGCAAUCUUGGCAAGCCCGUCCAAAAAGCGCAGCAAUACUAUGAGCAGGGUGCGGACGAAGUCACCUUUCUAAACAUCACAUCGUUCCGCGACACUCCGAUCAAAGAUCUGCCCAUGCUUGAAGUCCUCCGCCAAACCUCAGCAACGGUAUUCGUACCGCUCACGAUUGGCGGCGGAAUCAGAGAUACCCACGACCCAUCCACUGGACGCACAGUGCCUGCAUUGGAAGUCGCAACACUCUACUUCAAAUCCGGAGCGGACAAAGUCUCCAUUGGCUCGGACGCAGUGACGGCGGCCGAGCAAUACUACGCAUCGAACAAGAUCUUAACAGGCAAGACGGCAAUCGAGACAAUUAGCGAGGCAUAUGGUGCUCAGGCAGUAGUCGUCUCCGUCGACCCAAAGCGUGUCUACGUGGCCUCGGCAGAAUCUAUAUCGCAUCACACCAUAGCCACGGCAUAUCCCGGUCCGAACGGCGAGAAGCACUGCUGGUACGCAUGCACGAUCAAGGGCGGGCGAGAGACUCGGGACUUCGAUGUCAUCCAGCUCGUCACCGCCGUAGAAGCCAUGGGAGCCGGCGAGAUCCUGCUGAACUGCAUCGACAAGGAUGGCACGAACUCGGGCUUCGACCUCGAGCUCAUCAGGAGUGUGAAGGGCGCUGUGAAGAUUCCGGUUAUUGCUUCCAGUGGAGCGGGGAACGCCGAUCACUUUGCGGAAGUGUUUGAGCAGACGGAUGUGGAUGCUGCACUUGGUGCUGGUAUGUUUCACCGGGGUGAGUGGACGGUCAAGCAGGUCAAGGAGCAGUUGCAAGGGCAGGGGUUGUUGGUGCGAAGAUUUGAGGAAGAAUAGAAAUAGAUGAGUCAAUGUUCGUCAAAUCUCGCCAAUAUACAAUUCUCUUUUGGCAUUCUACCAACG